ACAAUGCUCCACUCCAACAUCACGGACUCUUUGACGUUUGGAGUUCCCCUCUCGGUGAACUUCGUCAGUCCUGAGGAUUAUUUUAUCUUUAUAUUCCAGAUUUUAUUUGCUACAACUACUGUUCUCGUAGCAGGAACAGUAGUCAUAGGCAUCUUGGCCACCAGAGCGCUGCGCAUUCAAAAAAGAUUUAUUUUCAUGCUGAAUACUAGUAUUUGUGAUAUGCUGGUUGGGUUUUCGGUAUAUUAUCUUGGUCUGUUUGAUGUUCAGGAGGGAUAUCCGUCUAGAAAUGGAACUUAUAAUGUUUUACCGUCACUUCUAGGGGUCAAUAUACUGACAUUUUUGUUUGCACAAUUUGACCGGUAUUUUGCUGUGUGUUAUCCAUUCACCUACAGCCGCUUCAUAACAAGACAUUUUGUGAUAGGCAUUAACAUCUACUGCUGGGUUUAUAAUUUUGCCCACUUGCUCGCUAGGAAUUUGUUGCCACUUUCCAAAGCGAUACAACUGUAUGUGUUCAGCAUCGUCUUCAUUCAAAUAGUUAUACUCACCAAAGUGGUAAUGACUAUCAAACUGUAUGUUAUUGCCAGAUUCCAGGUUGAUAGAGACCCUCCAAGUCCCGAGAAAGAAAGUAAGAAGGAGUCUUUGAGAAUUAUAAUAUUGGUUGUUAUAAGCUUCUUGGUGUUGUGGUACCCCUCUUUUGUCAAUAUUAUCGUCAGAUUUAUGGUAGGAGGAGGUCUGACAUUUAGGAACGAAGCCACCAAUCUGUUCGCCAUCAUGGCUCGUUUCAACGCUGUGUGCACACCGUCCAUGUAUAUCUGGGGGAGUCCGGCUCUGAGGGAAGCCGCGAUGAGGACAGUGUGGGGUAGAGUGUGUCCAAGAUGCAAGAGGAGGUAGGGGAGGCAUAAAGGCACAUGUUCAUCAACACAUACUGGGAUUUUUUAUCAUUUGAUGCAGUGGUUGCUUAUUUAAAUUGUCUUUAACCCCUUUUUUCAGAGUCGGUUCCAAAAAAUGAACGGAAAUAACAAGAACCCGACGACUCCAUUCAGUACGUUCUUCAACUGUAGCCUAUUUGUUUUUGCCAUCUCGCGUUUUCUCUAUCUUUUCUCUAUCAACAACGGAGUCCGUUUUUAUGCAAACACUAUUUUCUGAAAUAUUUGUACCUUAAAAGGUCGGGCUAAUGUUUCAUCUGAAUUAACUGUUGAUUUAGUGGCAGCGUCCCUUUAAUGAUCCAAAAGAUCGAUCAGCCAUUAGGCUACUAUUAAAUCUUAGAGAAGUAGUCGUACUGUAGUUUCUCUCCCCGUGAAUCUGAAAAAAUUACAUUAUAUAAGAAAUGUCAAACAAAGUGGAAAAUAAACCUACGUAAGCUUUAUAUAAAGUUCAGGUACAAUUUUAAAUAGUAAAUACGUUUGCACUAAUCAAUUAUAGCUACUAUAGGUGGGCAGAGCCGGAAUGCUCAACUGGCGAGUGGGUAUCUGGGUGAUCUUAUCCAGAUUAACAUAACAAGUGGACAGCUCGUUGUGCUGGGGGUAGGGAACAUUAGGUAAAGGAAAAGCCUGGUGUUUCCACUGUGUUUCCAGCCAUGUUAAAUGUAAAUUAGCCUAUCUAUAGGUUAAUAUGUAGAUUGCUGUAAGGAGUGUCGCUGUCCAUGGUGUGUGGUGCUGAAUCGCGGUUAAACCUAUAUGUAAACACAGUAGAGUGAUGAGCACACAAGUCAUGCUAUUUUGGCUUUUUGAUGUUUCUUGCUGUUACACUGUGAAUCUGUUAUGGUUUUGGCAGUCAGCUUUAAUAAAUAAACUAAACGUUUACGGUGGUGUUAAUGUUGUAGGCUACGUGUAUGCGUAUAUCCGCUUUUUAUACUCGGAGGUUGCGGCCCCGGCCUGACUGAGCAGGAGAUUUGUUGUGCAUUGACCUACAAAUAUGGAAAGCUUAAUAAUAUGUCCAUAACUUGAGAUGUAAGUAUCCCAAUUGAUUAUUGAUAUGUAAUCUUUAAAAAAAAAGAUUAAGAAAAGCAACGGCUAUGAAGGUUCGUUUGGAAACGGGAGACGAAUAAGAAUCAUACCUGGUGUCACAUACACAGUGGAUGCAGUGGCCUUUCCACAAAUAAUUUACGUAGAUGGAAUAAGCCAGACCUCUAGCUAAAUAUUUUCACUGAAAAUAAUGCUUUUGUUCAUUAAUUAAUCAUUGUUAUUUUUUUCAAAAUGUUUAUUAUGAAUUAGCCCC